AUGUUUGCCCGCUUUUGUGCCCCGAAGGCAUGGAUUAGGGACCGUGGGACGCAUUUCUGUAAUGCUCAGCUUGAGAAAGCAUUGUCCCGAUAUGGUGUGCAACACCGAUUCUCUACACUAUAUCAUCCGCAGACGAGCGGACAGGUCGAGGUCACUAAUCGGGGUAUCAAGCGGAUUUUGGAGAAAACGGUUAACUCGAGCCGUAAGGAUUGGUCCGAGAAAUUGGAUGAACCACUGUGGUCUUUCCGGACAGCCUACAAGACUUCUAUAGGCACCACACCGUUUAAAUCGGUCUAUGGGAAGUCUUGUCAGUUGCCUGUUGAACUCGAGCACAAAGCAUACUGGGCUUUGAAGACAGUUAAUCUCGAUAUGGCUGCUGCGGGUGAGAAUAGGUUUGUGCAGAUUCAUGAGAUGGAGGAGCUUAGGCACGAUGCGUAUGAAAGCUCCAAGCUGUACAAGGAACGUACUAAGACACUGCAUGAUGCCUGCUUGAAGGACAAGAAAGAAUUCCGAGUGGGUGAUCGGCUCAAAUCUCGCUGGUCGGGUCCCUACACUGUACAGUCAGUGUUUCCUUACGGGACCGUGGAGAUAGGCCAUGAGGAUGGCCGAGUGUUUAAAGUCAACGGACAUAGGCUAAAGGCUUAUGUUGGAGGGCCCGCUUUCUCCACCCCAAGAACAAAUGAAUUCGGGGUGGUUGCGGUUCGUUCUGGUCGCGAGGGAUGUUAG